AUGGAGAAAAAAGGUCUUUCGAAGGUGCUUCCGGCAUUUCGAGCCAAGCUGGCAACUGAAACGUCUCAAUUGUCCAUCAAAGACAAGCGUUACUACCAACAAGUCGAAAAGUCGUUGUUAUCGUUUGAAUCGCUCGAGGAAUGGGCAGACUACAUUGCAUUUAUUUCAAGACUCCAGAAGGCACUUCUGCUCCCGCAAGACCAACGGUCGUUCCACACGGUAGAAUUGAUUCCCUAUGCAUCAGAAGUUGCCGACAAAUUGUCAUUGUGCCUUUCUUCAAAGCUUCCGAACGGAGUUCACCAAAAAGCAUUGAACCUUUAUGAGUCGAUCUUUUUGUCCUUAAAAGAGGAUGUAUUUAGUAACGAGAUAAACUUAUGGCUUCCGGGUCUUCUUCCGGUGUUAUCAUUUGGCUCCAUACAGGUGAAGUCGGAAAUGGUGAAGUUGUUCAAAAAUCACAUUUUGUCCAAUAUCAACUCCAAGAACUUGAAAGUUGUGGCUAAGCCGAUGAUACUUAGUCUUUUGUCAGGGUUGGACGACGAGAAUUCAGAAAGUUUUCCCGACGUGUUUGAGUUGAUGGAUACCUUGAAGUUGAAGCUCGAAAGCGAUUCACACUACUGGAAGUGUUUGUUUUUAGCGAUAAUAACCAAUCCUGAAAAGAGAUUAGGUGCUUUGUAUUGGUGUAAUAAGCGGUUACCCAUGUUUACAACAAUCAAGACCGAAACCGGUGGUUUUGAAUAUAGUUAUGAGGCUCAGGCCUGUAUUGAUCCAAGUCCAGGUUUGUUGAUAAGGGCUUUCUCCACCGCUAUCAAUACUGAAACUAUUUUCAAUCCUGCUAAUGACAUUAUAAUUAUCAGAGGGUUUUUUGAUUUGAUGUUGACUCACUUACCGUUAAACAGCUCAGUCUUCGCACGAUCUCCUAAGGAUAAGGACUUGUUGGUGAAGUCUUGUAUCCAAAUUCUAUUGAAGAAGGAUAUGAGUCUCAAUAGACGAUUAUGGAAUUGGCUCUUAGGCCCCGACUCAGAUCAAUUGGUUGACUCCACCAAAGUAAGAGCUAAAUAUUUCGAAGAUUUUGGAUUGGAGCCGUUGUCUAGAGUGCUUUUGGACUUGGUGCAUGACGAGAAAGACACCAACAAACAAAUCGACUCAAUAAAAAUGGCAUUGUCUUUGAUUAUAGACAAAUGGGAAAUCAGCCAUAUGGUGAUACCUAAGAUAUUGCGUCCCAUAUUGAGUGAAACCUACAACAAAUCCAAAUCUAGUACUACCAGGUUUAGUGAAGUGUUAUCAUCUUCUCAAGACUUUUUCAAUGGUAUUGAAUCUUCUUAUAUUUGGAACUUGUUUAUUGAUCUUAUAAAGUCUAGCAAUUUGGACUUAUUAGAGUUUAUUUUAUCCAACUUUGAUAUAAAUGAAGAGGAAAUGAAGGUUACUCAUGCUCCUCUUGCAUUGAUGACGUUGUUGAUAAACUUCCAAGAAGAAAAAAAUUGGUUCAACAGCGUUCUGAUUGUUAUUGAGUUGAUUUCCCCUAAAGGCUUAGAACCCGUUGAUAAGAGCUUGACUUCGAAAGUUGAUAAGGAGGAUGUUCUGAAGAAAAUUUCAAACUUCUAUGGGGAAUUAACAUUAGAUGAAGAAGCAUCUACACCUGCUUUCACCAAGUCAGAAACAUCCUUUUAUCUUUACUUUUUGUUUAAAGCUAUUAUCAUUGAAAACUUCACUUCAAUUAACUCAUGUAGAUUGUGUGAGUUAUUUGAAAAGUUGGUUUAUACUAUCCCGAUAAGUGACUCUUUUAAGGCUAGAGAUGAAGACAUAUUGUCAUUAAUGUUGAAACAAACUAAUAUUUCUCAUAGUCCUACCACAGAGACACAAAAUAUGAAUACCAUUGUUGCAUUCAGUAUAUCCAAGUUGUUUCAUUUAUUAUCGAGUGAAUUACUGACUCUCGAAAAAACAAGAAUAAUAAAAGUAAUUACAACGAACUUAUGGCCCUCAUUGGUAUCUUCUGACCCAACACAACCCCAAGUAGAGUCUGUGAAGUGUUUGUUUGAUUUGAUCAUAAAUAGUUCAAGGUAUUACGUCGAGCCAGCCAUUUCUAGCUUGAUUCUACAGUCGAGCCAUAAUGACAGAGUCAAAGCAAUGACCUGUUUGUGGUCUCACUCGAAUUCUAAUGAAACUGACUCUGUUUUGGAGAUACCAUUGAAACUUGUUCUUGAUGACUUAUUCGACGAAAGUAGUAUCAACAAAUUGCAAGUCAAUGAGUUCAUCAGAACCAUAAUUAAAAGUGGGCAUUCAAAUAGAUUGUUGAAGAUGAUAACCAAUCCUUUGAUGGACUUUGAGCUAAUGGCCACCCAUAAGUCUGAAAUCGAGGUAGAUGAUCAGUUGGCAGAGUUUGCUUAUCAUUUGGGCACUAUUCUUCAUGUUAUAAAUUCCAAUCCAAAGAAUUUGAAGGAAGCGUUCAACAACGAGUUUGCCGUGAUGGAUAACAGUACCAAAUUGGAAAUCAGCAAGUCUAAUGAAUGGGAUAUAUCCACUUACAAAUCUUUGAUUUUCUUCGUCAUAGAGAAGUUCUUAAGUUUAAGGUUACUGGAAGAUGUAUUAAACGAGGGGGGUUGUAUUUUGAAAGAUUACUACAACUGUGUAGACUACUGUUUGGAACUUCUCACCACAUUGAUCAGCGGAAAUGAGCCGGAUUUUACUAUGAAAUUCCACAGCCUUAUUGAUAAUUGCUUCUACUACAUUUCAUUACCAACAGUUCCCUACCAAAUCGAGUUGGCUGAAUGCCAAUAUCUCAAAUGCAUAUUCCAUUUGUUGAAGUUAUCUGAAGAUUCCAAGAUCAAUUUAAAUUUAUUGCAUAUCGAUGAUCAGGAAAAGGAACCAUUCUUGGUCAGGUUCAUCAUCAAAGGGAUUAGUAAAUCUCAGAUUUCUGUCCUUUUGCAACAAUACAUGAUUCUUUUGACAAGGUCCUUGUAUUUAUUCAAUGAGUCAGUGUUCAGUGUUUUGUCAUUGCUAAAUUCCGCUAUAAUUGAGAAGAUUAAUGAUUACUUCAACAAGAUUGUCAAGGAAGAAACGAUAGGUAUCCUCGUUGACUUCGAGGCAUCUAUAAAUGAGUUGAUCAGUGGGCUUGAGGACUUGUUGUCAAUUAGCCAUAGCUACUUAUUGACUUCUAAAUUCAGAAACAAGUCUGACUCAAAAGCUGCUAACGGACAACAAGAUUCCAGCUUCUUGGGAAAUGUGAUCCAAGGUGUCUUUCUGAUUGAGUCACCAGCAGUAAGAACAAGCGAACAGAAUAAACUUUAUUCCAUAUUAUUGGCUUUCCAGGACACUAUUGAAAUGAUAUUUAAAAUUUGGAAGUGGGCAGACUCCAAAUCGAAACUAUACGAGUACAAAACCGAAGAUAGUCCAAUUGGGUCUCAUAGAUCAAUUAUCCAUCUUGGAAAUAAGUUGAAAUUUAGAUCCAAGAAGUUGUUUGAGUCUUUGAUGGACUUAGAAAGACAGGAAGUAAUCGAGAAUUUGAUUGCUGCCGACCCAGGCUAUAAAUCUUCCAUCAAACUAUUGAACCUAUUGGAUGGGGGGAGAUCACAAAUCACAUUACCCAAUAUUUUCAACUCAAUUAUGACUAGAUGCUAUCCGAGCUUAUUGGACGAAUCUAAAAAGUCACAUUUAAAUGUUUCAAUAACCGAGAAAGAAUUAUCAAGGUUUCUUAUUUUCUAUUUCGAGUCUAUCGAUACGGAUACAAUCACAGAUAUAUGGAGUUUCUCGACCCAGUUUUUCAAGGACGUCUUAGCCCAUCACCAUCAUUUCAAGCAAUUGAUUCCCAACCUUUUGAGAGUUAUUUCCAAGUUGAGCUUGAAGUUGAGUAACUCGAAAUUCGGCUCAGAUAAAAAACAUAAAAGAGAAUUAAGAGACAUAUUUUCCAAGUUGUUGGGUGUAUCGGUAAGUGGUAAGCGGAUAUUAUUCAGUUCCAGCGAAGAGCCUGCUAAUGGAACAAUCAACAACGAAGAGAAUAACAGCGAAGAUGAUGAAGACGAAUCGACUACUCCUCAAGGGGUUCAAGAUGAAUUGACUGAUGCUCUUAGUGAGUUGAUGGAGAAUUUCGAAGAAGUCAUUCAGGAUUCGGAAAAGCUUUCAAGUUGUAUCAAUGUUAUCAUUCUCAACUUUGUGUCUCCACAAAUAAAGAACAAGAAGAUCAAUGAGAUCCCGUUACGAACCUUAACUUUGGUGAAGAAUAUUGGUCAGUAUGCUCCCAAUAGAACGUGGAAGAGUUUGAUUUAUGAUUUGUUCAUGGAUUCGAACUUCUUCAAGCUACCAGCCAAUAGACUUGAGAUAUGGAAGUCUAUUAUCUCCAGUUGGAUGAGCGUGGAAACGGAAAAAUUCAAUGAGUUGAUUUCUAAGGUUUCAGCUACUGGCUCUGGAUCAGCUGGAACAUUGUUCAUGUUCAAUGAAAAGGCUGAGCUUGAAAACAAGAUCUUGACGAUUAAAAGAUUGUCAUUCAUAAUGUUGACCCAACCAAAGGACUUCUUCCUAAGCUCACUUGAUGAUUUGUUUGAUCAAAUUGAAAUUUCGUUGAUGAACAACGUUCCACUACUGUUCAAGACCCACAUCAGCAUUCUUUUCAGGGUGAUAACAAUCCAGUUCAAUGAGCUUUACUUGCUUCCCCGUUGGAUCGUUAUGUGCCAACAAGUAAUUUCGAUCUUUGAGAACAUUUUGAACAAAUCCAUGAAAGAGUUGAGCUUUUUGAGCGAGGAAGAAUUGCAAUCAAUAUUAUAUGGCUGUAAGUUGUUGGAUCAAUUGUUGCUACUUAAUAACGAUGAAUUCAACAUGCAAGAUUGGCUUUUCGUUCACACUGCUUUUGAUGUUAACAGCGAUAUUGAAGAUGCAAUGGUCUCUAUUGUGGACAAAAUCUCUCAGGAGUAUGACUUGACGAUUCUCAAAGAACUGCCUGUGAAAAUUGACCCCUUGUCGCCUGAUAACAAGAAGAUCCCGUUACUUAAAGGGGUGACCAGCAUCAAGUCAAUAGCCAAUUUGAAGAGCUUCUUUGAAAGUCUCAGCUACCUCAAUUUCGAAAGAGUUUACGGAUUAUACGACACAGAUUUCGAAGCCUGUGAAGCAGACAUUAUGGAGGAUCUCUUUGCCUGA